CUGCUAAUGUUGAUACUGCGUUGAGAGAGAUUGAAGAUGAGUUGAUUGUUGCUGGGACGAAUCUUCUCAAGCUUCGUUUCUCUUCUUCCUGCGAUGAAGUUAUCGCCCGCCUUCUGAGGGCAGAGACAAUUCUAAAGAGAGUAGGUCAAGUUAAAGACUCUCCAAUGCCGAUGAAGAAAGCCCUCUUUCCAAUAAUAACAGCCCUCACAUCAAAGACAAACUCCUAAAGCAUCGAGACGAAAUGUACAAGUUAUAGUUGCUUCUUGCCUUAACCAGGCUACUCGAAUAACCGCUCCACAACAACCCUACAGGGAUGAUCAGAUGAGGGAUAUGUUUGGGUUGUUCAUGGUUGUGCUAAGGGGGCAGUUGUCACGUUUGACCGGUGACAACUACGAUAGAGCUGUGAAGAUUCUUCAUUUCAUGGGACUAGGGAGAACGGUCUUGAUAAUGAUGGACUUGGAUAUCAAUCAAAUGAUCGUCGACAUGUUCCAAUUUUUCUUCGACACAAUUAGUCCAAACUACCCUCCUGUUAUCUUCCAAUACAUGGAAGAUGUCAUGACUUUGGUUAUAGAAGAGAGUGACGAGGUUUCUCUCGAACUUCUGACGCCUCUAUUAGACAGUGUCAGAACGGAUAACAAGAAUGUUUCACCUGUUUCGUUCGUGGGAGUUGGGCAAAGCUGUUUUUGAAAAAUGUUCGACGAAACUACAACCGUAUCUAAAAGAUGCUGUGAAGAAAAUGAACCUGGAAGUUAGCGACUAUGCUGAAAUAGUCGUUUCUUUAUGCACCACCGAGAACAUGGUUUGUCUUCUUACAUGAUUUUUUUUUCCUUCUUUAUUUUUUUUU